CAUCGUCUUGCGGACUGGACGCUGCCUCUUCGGCGCAGUCUAGGGCCGCCUGCCGUGAGGCAAAAAAUAAUAGAAAAAUAGAAGAGAUCGAGCGGCUACAGCGAUCCCUAACGCUGGUGGGUCCCUCUGACCCCCUCCGAUCAUGUAAAAUAGCCGGAAAAAUUGUUGAGACCCUUGCGGCCAAGUCGACUGCAGGCCUCAUGGGCUCAGAAGUGUCGGCCAUGAAAUCUGCGGCCGCCACACUUGAGGAAAGGCUGCAGGACGUCGUGGACCGCACCACGACGACGGAGACGGCGGGCUUGCGGCAGGAAGUGGCUCUGCUGCACACCCGCCUCGAGCAAGUAUCGGCCGAGAAUGGCCUGCUUCGGGCGGAGAACGGUCAGCUCCGCGUCGACAUGGCCGAGCUGCGAACAAUGGUUGCCGAUCUCAUCGAGCGGCAACGCAGCUCGGCCCCUGUCCCUCCUCCGCCUGAAGCGGAAGGCCUCACUGAGGUCGAGGAGCUAAGGCGGCAGCUCCUUAUACAGGAGGCAAGGAGCUCGACCGUUGAGCGCGCAAGACCGCCCCUCGCUCACGAGGCGAAAGAUGGUGCCCCUGUGCCGGCACCUCGAAAGACCAAAGGAGCGGCUACUAUUAAAACAUACGCGGGACCGAAGAAAGCUGCGGCACCCGUGACACGGUCGGCCACUUCUGCCGCUGUUCCGGCUGGGACUCCUACAACCGGAGCGUCUACGUCUGCAGCUAAGGGGGCAACAAGAUCCGCCCCCCCAAAGAAAUCGGCGUCUACUCCUGCCCCGUCCCAGCCUGCGAAGAUGGGGCCUGGCAGGAGCAGAGAAAAAAGGAAGGGGAGGACCAAUGCCGCCAAACCGGCCCCGACCCCCCAGCCCCGCCCACUGCCCCCCGCCCCGGCCAACAUGAAUGAGGCCUGGACGACGGUGGUGCGGGGUGGACAACCCUCGGCUCGUCAGCCGGCAUCUGUCCCUCCGUCCGACUCCUCGGAAGGAGAGCCUACCAGCGCCAAGUACUUGGCGUUGGCGGAAGGGCCGGCGACUGCUGCGGCGUCGCCCGCCACCGGCUUUGACAAAAGAGCAUCUUGCGGACUGGAUGCUGCCUCCUCGGCGCAGUCCAGGGCCGCCUGCCGUGAGGCACAUAAACGGUUGGCAACGGUUGGAGAGGUCGAGCGACUGGAGCGCUCCCUGACAGAGGUGGGUCCCUAUGACCCCCUCCGUAGAUAUGGCAUCAGCCAAAAAAUUGUUUCUACGGUGGCGACGAAGUCGAGUGCAGGCCUAAAGGGCGACUAUGUGCGGGCCCUAAAAUCGGCCGCCUCCUCCAUGGAGGAAGUAAUGGUGGAGGUGUUGGAGCGCACCAAGGAUGGGGAGACGGAAGGUCUGCGCAAAUCGGUGGACCUGCUGCACGCCCGACUGGCCCAAAUCAGCGCGGAGAACGGUCAUCUUCGCGCUGAGAACGGGCAGAUGAAGGUGGACUUGGCCGAGUUGCGCACACUGGUCAACGACCUAAUCGAGAAGCAGUGCAACUCGGCCCCUGUACCUACUCCGCUCGAGACCGAAGAGGCCAAUGAGGCCGAGGAGCUGAGGCCUGCAGCUCCUAAUACAGGAGGCACGUAG